GUACACACAAAGUUCCACUGCAGGCAAGCCCAUGCUCCAGGCACCGAUACUUCAUGCUUGACCUUUUCCUAUGAUGGUACCGUCCUUGCCAGCCGGGGAGGAGAUGAUACUUUAAAGAUAUGGGAUAUAAGGCAAUUUAAAAAGCCUCUUAAUUCAGCAGAAGGACUGCCCAGCUUCUUUCCGAUGACAGAUUGUUGUUUCAGCCCAGAUGAUAAAAUACUCGUCACAGGGACCUCUGUGAAGAAAGGUGGCGGCAGUGGGAAGCUCUUUUUCUUUUAUCGGGAGACAUUCCAGAAGCUGUAUGAGAUAGAAGUUACAGAUGCGAGUGUUGUGCGUUGCCUUUGGCAUCCCAAGCUGAACCAGAUCAUGGUUGGUACAGGAAAUGGUUUGGCCAAAGUGUACUAUGAUCCUGUCAAAAGCCAGAGGGGAGCAAAAUUGUGCGUGGUCAAAACAAAACGAAAAGAGAGACAAGCAGAGACUCUUACGCAGGAUUACAUUAUAACACCACAUGCACUUCCGAUGUUCCGUGAACCACGGCAGCGAAGCACCAGGAAACAGCUGGAGAAGGAUAGGCUGGACCCCAUGAAGUCUCACAAACCUGAACCUCCAGUAGCAGGACCAGGUCGCGGUGGGCGUGUUGGAACUCACGGAGGCACCUUGUCGUCAUACAUAGUCAAGAAUAUUGCACUGGAUAAGACGGAUGAUAGCAACCCUCGAGAGGCUAUUUUACGUCACGCCAAGGAAGCGGCAGAGAAUCCAUACUGGGUUGCUCCAGCAUAUGCUAAAACACAGCCAAAAACAGUUUUUGCAGAAGUGGAACCAGAAGAAGAUGAAACAGACAAGCCAGAGUGGAAAAAACGAAAAAUUUGAAAAAUGUUGUUUAAAGAAUAAUUUUAGAGGAUUUGAAAGAAAGCACAGCAUUUAUUUCUUUAUUUUGGGCAGUGAAUCAAAAUUUGAAAGCAAAAAUUACUUCAGUUCAUAAAACUUGCUGCAGUGUGUAAAGCAUUUGUUAUUGAACACUAGAUUGUAAUCCCACAUCUUCAUUUGUAAUAAGAAAUGAAUUAUAUUGUGCAAAGAAGUUCGCUCCAUGUCAGUUAUUUAGCUUUGUGAUUUAAGUGAAAAAUAUUU